GUAGCAGACGCGGUUGCAGGUGAGGUGAAGUGCACUGCGCUGAGGCAGCACGAGACUCUGAGCUCAGGACGAAACCUGGCGCGGUCGGAGUUCCGUUCAUCUCGUUUCCGUCCCGCGGUUCUGAGUUUAUUUCGCUUCUCUGGACCGAGGAUCAGUUUGGAAUCAGUGGGUUCGGUGGUGAGGAUGAUGAGACCUUCCUGCUCCACCUGGGUUCCUGUGCUAGUCCUGCUGGGAGUUUGGACGAGUUCUGCACAAGAAUGUGGUCGGCCGCCUCUACAGAGCAGAAUUGUGGGAGGAUACGAUGCAUCAGAUGGACACUGGCCAUGGCAGGUUGACAUUCAGGACUCUUUAGGACACAUCUGUGGAGGAACCCUCAUCUCUGAUAGCUGGGUGCUUUCUGCAGCUCAUUGUUUCCCAAAACCCGAUGUUACGUCUGAUUACACCAUCUACGCCGGACGGCAGCGUAUCAAUGGCUGGAACCAGAACGAGUCAUCUCACAAGAUCUCCCAGGUUUUGGUGCCUCUCGGCUACACGGACCCACAGUUCGGUAAAGAUAUUGCUUUGGUGCGGCUGCUCACUCCAGUCGUGUGGUCCGACUACAUUCAGCCCGUGUGCCUGCCAAGCUCAGAUGUGCAGUUUCCCAGCGGGACGCAGUGCGUCAUCACUGGCUGGGGAAACAUCAGAGAUGGAGUUUCGUUGCAGGGGGUGGGCACGCUGCAGCAGGUGGAGGUGCCAAUUAUCGAUCAGUCUUCCUGCCAGCAAAUGUUUCAGGUCCAACCCAGAGAAGACGUCACCAUCAUUAACGACAUGAUCUGUGCUGGUUUUCAGGAGGGUGGCAAAGAUUCCUGCCAGGGGGACUCCGGGGGCCCGCUGGUAUGUCAGAUGUCUGGUGGUGUCUGGGUUCAGGCUGGAAUAGUAAGUUUUGGGUUGGGUUGUGCCCAGCCUAACCGACCCGGCGUCUAUUCCAGGGUUUCUGCUUUUUCUGACUUCAUCCAGGGUGACAUUAAUGGACUGAAACUGUACGGCUCAGCGGCUCAGAACUCGGCCGGCUGGUUCUCGGUGUUUAUCAGGACUAUAGUCGCUCUAAUCCUGGGUCACCUGCUCCGAUAGAUUCACUUCAUUUAAAGUCAGGAGGAGGAGGAACAAAACGCAGGUCACAUGACACACAGGUCAAACAGACUGACCAGGUUAAUCGAGCAGGCAUCACUUACGAUCACUGGUUCAGCAAUAAUAAAAAACUGGGCAGAAGAGACGUACAGUCUGAACGCCUAAACCUCAAUCUUUUAUUAAAUGUGUGUAAACAGUAAAUUGAGAAAAACAUGAAAGUAAUAAUUGUAGGACAGUAAAGAUAAAAUAUUUAUUAAUAAAAUGUUUAGUUUUUACCUGAGUGGCUUUAUCACACUGAUUAUUGUAAAUAAAAAAUCUUGUGAAGCACCAUUACUGAAUGAAAAUUAAAGACGUUUAUGUACUCUGUGA